AUGGCGUCGAAUUUGAAGAUUGCGCUGAUUCAGCUGUACUCCAAGCCGCUCGACAUCGCCGGCAACUUUGCCCGCGCCGAGUCGUACAUCCGCAAAGCCGCCUCCCAGGGCGCCCACCUCGCCGUCCUGCCGGAAUACCACCUCUCGUCCUGGAAGCCCGAGAGCAAGAUCCUCCUCGCCGCGGCGAAGGAGUCGGCGCCGUACCUCGCGCGGUACCAGGCGCUGGCCAAGGAGCUGGGCAUCGCGAUUGCGCCCGGCACGAUCCUGGAGCCGAUCGCCGCGGCCGAAGACGACGAGAGCGGUCACGAUGCAGCGUCCGGAGCGACAACAGAGAAGACUGAAGGCAUCGCCAACGCGGCGUACUUUAUCGGGCCGGACGGCGCGCUGCUGGGGCGGUACCAGAAGAAGAACCUGUGGCAUCCGGAGAGGGCGCACCUGACGGCCGACGGGCUGACGCCUCACCGGGCGUUUGACACGCCGUGGGGACGCAUGGGGCUGAUUAUCUGCUGGGACCUGGCCUUUCCCGAGGCGUGUCGCGCGCUGGUCGCCGACGGGGCGAGGUUCGUCAUUUGUCCUACCUUUUGGCUCAACAGCGAUGGCGGGGACAUUGGCGCCGAGGUGAAUCCCGAGUGCGAGCGCUUGUUUCUUGAGAAUGUUGCGGUUGCGCGGGCCUUUGAGAAUACCUGCGGCUUCGUCUUCUGCAACACUGGCGCGCCGCUGGGCAGCGGGACGAGCGGGAAAGAUGAGGAGGGCACCGAGUUCAUUGGGCUGACGCAGGUUGCGAUGCCGCUGCAGGGCGCGCUGGGGAAGCUGGGCGUUGAGGAGGCGAUGAGCGUGGUGGAUGUGGAUGGCAAGGUGUUGGACAUUGCGGAGGAGGUGUACAAGGUGAGGGCGGACAUUGCGACGGAGGGGUGGCAUUAUGCGCAUACUUUGUGUAAGAGGGAGUGA